AGGCUGGUUUCGAGCUCACAAAGAUACGCCUGCCUCUGCCUCUCAAGUGCUGGGAUUAAAGGCGUGCACCACCAACGUCCGGGGCCACACACACAAGUCUAAGCAACAGGUCUGGGAUCUACAAAACCGAGAUUAUCGAAAAGCAUUUCCUUAUUCCUGGGCGGAUCUCAGAAAAGGGCCCCUGGCCUGCCUAUCCACCGAGGUUCAAGGGCUCCAGAUUGGACCAGGGUCUGGGCCCAAAGGUGGAAGGCCCAUGCGUUUGUGUACCGUCCACGGGGGCAAGCAAGGACCUCCCGGCUCCCGCGCAGAGAUCUCUCCCGAGAAAACAGAGUAGUUGUGUGAGUGUCGAGGGAGUCGGAACUGUACGAAGGUCAUCUAGGUCGCAAGGGUCUGCUAGGCGUUAUGCCAAGACCAGCCCUGCCAAAUUGUGGUCCUCAGGCUCCGGGUUCAGAGCGCAGAGGCGGAAGUGAGGGGCAGACAUUGAGGUGCGGAGCGUGUCCACUGAUCUUCACCCAUAGGGACUGGUCGGUGCCGGUCGUAGUCCAAUAAGAACGCUAUAGGGGAGGGUGUAAAUGCGUGUCCUCCAAUCAACUGGGCGUAUACCUCUACCAUUGGCGGGCAGUUCUGCCCUUGGGUCAGAGCACACUUGCCCAAUUGGCGGCUACCAAGGGGGGCGUGGCACGGCGCGGUACUGAGGCAGGUAGCUGAGAGAGUCUGUCUGAGCGAGCCGCAGCCUGUGCAGUCCCGUCGGCGGCUGCGUCCGCAGCAUGGCCGGCCUAGGGCGGCCGGGCCCGGGGCCGCGCACCGCGAUGCCUGCCUGGAAGCGGGAGAUCCUUGAGCGGAGGCGAGCUAAACUGGCCGCCCUGAGCGGAGGCCCGGGACAAGGAGCGGCGCCGGAGGGGCAGGACGAGAAGCUGGUGCUGGCCGAGAGUCUGGGUCCGCUAAGCGAGAACCCGUUCAUGCGACUUGAAUCCGAGCGGCGGCGCGGGGCACAAGCGCCAAUGACUCCUUCGAAAUAAGGCCGGCCCCCAAGCCAGACGUGGAAAGUAUCCCAAUCGGGGACCUUCAGGCCAGGGCUCUGGCCAACCUCCGUGUUAACUCCCGCAAUUCCUUCAUGUUGAUCCCCAAGCGCAAAGCCCCUUCGGAGGCAGAGGGGAGGCAGUCAGAAGAGCCAAACGGGGAGGUAGGCUGGGCCUCUCGGAGCCAGGGGCUCAGAGCCCAGCUGGUGUCUACAGUGGAUGGUGCCCCUGCCCCAGAGGGGAGUCCCUUGGCUGCUGAGAUGCAGUGGGCAGCUAGGGAGGGGGGCUGCCCCAGGCCAGCCACUGCUGUCACAGACAGGUCUGUUAGGUGGCAGAGGCCAUCCUCACCACCUCCAUUUCUAUCAACCACUGUUGAAGCUGAGCCAGCUGAGGGCUUGGGGCUUUCUGGCUUGGCCAAGAAUGGCCAGGAGCCUGGGAGGUCAGGACUUCCAGUCACCUUCAUUGAUGAAGUAGACUCAGAAGAGGAGGCCUCCCAAGAAACCAAACUGCCGUCCUCAGCAGUUGGUUUACCUUCCCAGUAUCACCUGGACCUUGCCAGGCCAAGGCACACCUCAGAGCUCCCAAAUCGAGGGAGCAAUACUUUCAUAGUGGUGCCCAAGAGGAAGCCAGAGACCCUUCAGGUGCCACACUUCAGUCAGGCCAAUGGGCAGUCCCAGCAACAGGAGGCUGAGGAACAGGAUGCUGAUAGUCUCUCAGGACCUCACACUGCUCUGGAGAACACCCUUAAGAAACGCUACCCCACUGUGCAUGAGAUUGAAGUGAUUGGUGGUUACCUGGCCCUGCAGAAGUCCUGCCUCAUCAAGGCUGGCUCCUCAAGAAAGAAGAUGAAGAUCUCCUUCAAUGACAACAGCCUGUAUACAACAUUUGAGUACCCUUCUGAGAGCUCCCUGGAACAGGAAGAGGCGGAGGACGAAGAGGAAGGAGAAAAGGAUGGUGAAGGGGAGGAAGUUGAUUCAGAGAAGCCUUUCUCCGUCUUCCUGCCCCGGGCCACAUUUGUAAGCAGUGUGGGACCUGAGAUCCCCCGACUACCAGAUGGCAGCUCAGGCCUGUCCAGCUAUACUCCCAAGCAUUCCAUGGCUUUCAGCAAGUGGCAGGAGCAGACGGUGGUGCAGGCUCCAAGUGAGGUGGAACUCCCACCGAAGGAAGUCAUGCUGACACCUGCCAGUCAGAAUGAUCUCUCGGACUUCCGCAGCGAACCAGCUCUCUAUUUCUGACCCCUGGAGCUGCCAGGAUGGCCAAGACAGCCCCAGGUGUGGUGGCUCUGGAAGCCAGUCAAUGCCCAGGAGCCCUGACUAUUAUUCUGUGCCCUUCCAUCUGCUCUUUCUGCUUUCCUCUCUCCCUGUUGGUUCCUGCUUUAGAGCUAGGUCUGAAUCUCAUUUCUGUUUUGGGGCUCCAAGGAAUAACAGAUGGGAGCAGGCUGACAUCUGCCUUUAUAUCGUCCCAUCUGUGAGGAGGUUGGGGCCUGAACAGAUCUUGUCCCAGGGUGCUAUCUGUCCUGCCUCUCAACUCCUACCUUUUGGGGAGUGCCCACUGUCAGGAGUGAGAGGCUGUCCUAUUUGCUCUUUGCUGAACCCCAAGCUCUUGCCCUCAGCCCAUGAUUCUAUGGUAGAACUCAGCUACCCUUAAUGAUGGAUGGCAGGGUAUUUUUUCCCGAUAUUGGACUCAAUAAACAGCACUGUAACAAGG